AAAACAUCAAACAAUAAAACAUCUGCAGCAGGUGUUUUUCUGCUGAGGCCAACAGGAUGUCCUGCUCCUGCUGCUGCUGUGUGAGUCCCAGCGGAGAGCUGCUGGACGGUGUCAGGAAGAAGGAGCGGCUCAUGAGACUGCAGCAAGAGGAGGAAGAGGAGGACAGCAGAAGGAGCAUGGACAUCUCUCUGCUCAGAGAACAGUACAGGUGCACCAGAGAGACACAAAAGAGACACACUCAGGUGCUCCUGUUUAGGACAGUAUCGGAAGAACUGUCCGAGGCUGUCAGCAUCAUCCCUGUCCCUCAAGGUUUGACGUCACCGUGGGAACCAAACAGCAGCUCGCCACCGCCAGCUGUAACCUUUAACCCUGACCCUACAACCUGCGACCCCUGGCACGUCCACCUGGGCCUCCACCGGCACUGCUGUCUCCGUGUCACCGCACAGCAGCUCAUAGCUUCUUCCCCGGAAACAACAAACACCAACAGUUCCUCCCAACAUUCAUCGUCUUCCUGUGAGUCUGUCAGCAGAAAACUCUUUGUGGACUUGACAUCUGAUUCUCCCUGUAGCUCCAUCUGCAGCACCAAAGAAGAAGUUCCCUCUGACACGUCAAGAGUAGACACAGAGAAUAUGGAUCCUGUCCAACUUCAUGUCUCUGGUUCACUCGACGCUGCAGAGCAACAUUCCAGAGAUGGAUCCAAAGAGGAGAGUUCUGCUGGCUCCUUCAGUGAUCCUCGGGAGUUUUCAGCCACCGGCUCUGAUGAAAGCUCCACCCCCGUCGCCUCCAUCAGCUACUCCCCGAGCAGCUCCAUCACCAGCCUGCAUGAGGACUUGAAGGAGCACCAGUCUGCUGAUAGAACAACCGGUAACGUCGUCCCACAGACUGGCAGCACCUCGUCCGCUUGGAGGGGCUCCAGGAAGUUUUCGGCCCCAGCCCUCAGGUUUGCCAGGCAGUUUAGUGUAGGAGGGGUGGGGUCCUCUGCCGAGGUCCACCACCCGUUUCCCAAUAGGAAGACCCCAAGGAUCUCUGAGGCUGCCCGGAGGCUGGGGAUGUACUCGUCCUUCUGA